AACGCUAAAUGUGUAACAUGACUGCAGUCAAGAGGACACAAGCACACAUACACGUUCGCUAUCCGACCACGGGCUGGCCAUAAACAAAAGGAAUCACUUUUAAACAACAAAUAAGCGUUUGUUUUAUAAAGCUAAUGAUACGGGAGAGAUUCUUGGGGACAUACCAUUCUCCUUGGAAUUUCCUACUCUAAAGGAAAAAAAUUGAUAUUUCUUAUAGGGAUUGAAGUGGCUUUAUUUGUUAACCGGAAAAAUGUUGCAAAAUGCUCUCAGAUAUGCACUGGCGGUAUUCGUAUCUUGCCUUUUAAUUUUGGCAGAUUGUAGAUAUAAUAGAUAUAGUUAUGGCGCUGCGGACAAAGAGACGCAAGAGAAACUUGACAUACUGCUCAAUGAAAUGGCCCGUUUGAAGAAAGAAAACUCAGCAAUUCCAAAGUCUUGCCUUAAGUCAGAUGCACCAGAAACACAAGUUUCAGCCUAUAUUAUCCCCAUACUCGUCAAGAGAGAAGCGACGUCCACAGAACUCAUCUACACGGUGCGUUACAAGCUCAACACGGAUGUACCGCCCGUGGUCACUUGGUACCGGCAUGACGCUGGAGAAUACAAGGACAACGUCACUGAUACGCAGAUUUACGAUGAAGACGACUACGUGAGAGAGACAGUUGCUGUAUUCGAUGUAUAUUACUCUGAAGAUGUGAUUGUAAAAUUAGCAAAAGCAGAUUUUGGAGAGCUGUUUUUGGGACUCGAUAACUCUUACAAUUAUGGUUCCUCCCCUAACAAAACAGAGGUUGAUCUUCCCGAUCCUUCGUUAACUUUCAAACCCUCGGGAGACAUUGUCUACACGCCUGGCCAUGACGUGAUGAUUAAGGUCUUUUCUCUGAGAGCAGAUGCGGAGACCGUGAGUAGAAAAACGUUCAAUGUAAACGGACACUUUUAUAAUGGGAUGUCCAUGAAUGUCAAGAAUGAAAUUGGAAUUGGUAAAAAGGGGAAUUUUGUUAAUGAUCUGAAAACAGUAGAUUUCAUUGACACCCAGGAGAAGAAUAUAUUGCUACGUACGUCGAGUCGGUCAGAAAUGGGCCUGCUCGUAUUUCAAAAUACAAUUCAUACAAGGGGUCGGUCACGUUUUUUUGAGUGGGUAAACGUCACGUCGUACAAGAUUCUGCGACCUUCAACUCAGGCCACGCCGUUUCCCAAGGGAUAUAUUGGUAUUUUUCCCAACAACCCAAACGGCACUGUAAAUCUAUGCAAUUUUGGCAGGGACGAUAAAUGUUUGAUAAAAUGUUCAGGGUAUGGAAACAACAUAACUGACUUUUUGAUAUACAGGAUAGACGAGGGAGGAAACAAAUCCGAGAUCCCUCAUGAAGUGUCUCACGUGUACCUUAACUACAGUGUGGAAAGCCUUGCUGACGUACUAGGUGCCAGCACCUUACAAAAUGCACAACAAGUCACCUACGAAUGUGAAGCGAAGGACAGUGCUGGAAAUACAGCAUCAGCAUACCAUGUUGUCAACUUUUUCAGAUCUCUGACGUUUCAGUACAACUCCUCUGGAAUCCGUUAUAUCGACAACACGACGGCCGUCGUAACUUGCGGUGCUCUCGUUGACCCACCUACAGGUGUAAACAUUGUCUUCAGCGGGGACUUCGAAAAUCAGUACAAUGUUUAUUUGGAGAAUACCAGUGUAGAAGAAAUUCCAGGAGGUUUGAUUGCCACAACGGUAAUUGACUUGAAUGAACAUCCCGAGGAUCUCAAAAGGGUGAGUUGCAAUGGACUCCAGGAGCUAGAAGAUGGUAGUGCCAUGUUCGAUACCAUCUGGGUGUUUCCUCCAGAGAGAUCAGAAGAGUAAGCUUUACCCCUAUGGGGGAAAUCUGAUGUCUGUAAAAUAAAUAUUAACUUUUGGGCCUUUUAAUUUGUAUAUUUGUCAAUUGAAUGUACUCGAUUCAUUUGAGCCCAAUUUUGGAGAGAUGCCGAGUAAUACAGACAAGAAUUUUACUCUCUUACUAGUCAUUGCCAGGCCUUUUUAAACGCAAUAAGUUUACUUAACGGACUGUGACAUUAAUUUUAAGGUUCAUUUCCGGCCCGAUCAGUGGGUGCAGAACCUAAUAAGGCCUCAAAGUAUAUUUUCUCCAAUACCAUCUCGUAAACCAACCUAACCAGCUUCAUUUGCAUAACUGACAAGCAGGACACCAUUUAAGUUGUAAUCUUCACCCACCCAAGUUGCUGCCUCUGUCCAUCCCUCAGCGUGUGUAUGAGCGCGCAUGCGUGCGUGGGUGUGCGGGCAUCCUGACGUAUGUAUUUGUGUGUAUGUGUGUAUGUGUGUAUGUUAGUUCGUGGUAUUUGUUUAUACACACUGGACCAAGGCAUGAAGAGAGAGAGAGAGAGA